AGUGUGACGUUACAGUGGUGACGCGCGCGUGCCGUCACUCGGGCGUCCCAGCGGAAAGGCCGAGUGCGUGUUCUCCGGGUCCUCCUCACCAUGGUUCCCGGAGUGCCGCUCCCGCCGGAGAUCCAGCUGGCGCAGCGCCUGGCCGGCAAUGAACAGGUGACGCGGGACCGCGCGUUGCGGAAGCUGCGGAAGUACAUCGAGGCCAGGUCGCAGCGGGCGACAGGUACUUUUACUCAAGAGGAACUGUUAAAAGUAUGGAAAGGACUGUUCUACUGCAUGUGGAUGCAGGACAAGCCCCUCCAGCAGGAAGAAUUAGGAAGGACCAUUGCUCAGCUUGUCCAUGCUUUUUACACGAUGGAGGCACAGCGCCAGUUCCUGAGGGCCUUCUGGCAGACCAUGAACCGGGAGUGGGUGGGCAUUGACAGACUGCGCCUGGAUAAGUUCUACAUGCUCAUGAGGAUGGUCCUAAAUGAGUCGCUGAAGACUGUGAAAAUCAGAGGAUGGGACGAGAGGCAGAUCGACCAGCUGCUGGAGCUGUUGACCUCCGAGAUACUGGACCCUGACAGCCAGGCCCCCAGCGGGGUGAAGAGCCACUUCCUAGAGAUCUUUCUGGAGGAGCUGACCAAAGUGGGCGCUGCAGAGCUCACCGCAGACCAGAAUCUGCAGUUCAUCGACCCCUUCUGCCAGAUCGCGGCCCGCACUAAGGACUCCCUGGUUUUGCAUAAGAUCAUUCAGAGCAUCUUUGAGACGAUUGUGGAACAAGCGCCCUUUGCCAUCGAAGACCUAAUGAAUGAACUGGACACACAGAGUGGAGAGGUUGAAGCGUCAGAUGGAGACGAUGGUGACGCAUCAGACGGUGAUGACGGUGAUGCAACAGACAGUGAUGAUGGUGAUGCGGCAGACGGUGAUGAUGGUGAUGCGGCAGACGGUGAUGAUGGUGAUGCGGCAGACGGUGAUGAUGGUGAUGUGGCAGAUGGUGAUGAUGGUGAUGCUGGUGAUACGGCAGACGGUGACGAUGAUGACAGUGACGAGUCCUCAGAGGGUGAGCAGGAUCUGCAAGACACACCGCCCAAGAAGCUGCCUGCAGGCACCAUGCAUAGGGCUAACCCCGAGGCAGGCAAGGAGCAGGCGUGGGAUGAUGAGAACAACGGCCCCGUCCUCCAGUUUGACUACGGGGCCGUUGCUAACAAGCUGUUCAAGCUCGCCAGUAGACAGAGCACUCCUUCUCGGAACAGGAAGCGCCUCUACAAAGUGAUCCAAAAGCUGCGGGUCCUGGCUGGAGGCUCUUUCCCUGAGGAUGACGUUCCUGAAAAAGCCUACAAGAAGCUGCUGGAAGGGAGGCGGGAGCGGAAGAAGAAAAAGAAGUGCUCGCCCGGACAGCAGCCCCAGAAUAAGGAAGCGGGGAGCGAGGCAGAAACCUCAAGUGCAGACCCAGGCCCGGGGAGGAAGAGGAAGAGCAAGAAAACGGAUGAGAAGGCUGGCCAAAGAGGGCCUCUUGGGAAGAGGAGGAGGCCCGGGGCUAGGGCAAAGGGGGCUGGGGUCCAGCCACCAAAGAGGGAGAGGAAACAGUUAUCCCAGAGUGCGGAGUGAGGUGCAUGGUGGGAUGGGGCAGGAUACCUGGGCAUGCUCCUGCAGCCUCUGGAUGCCUAGCUUCUGAGUGUCCAAUAGGGGGGCAGCAGGAGGACGGAAGAGACUCUUGGUUUAGUCCCGGCUUAAGAAUGAUCCUGCCUCAGAGCCAUGACCUGCAUAUCAGAAAUUCACUCCAGACACCCAAAAUGUCAUUUGUACAUAUGCUAUGGCCGUGCCUGAUCCUAGCCAGAGAGGCCCAAAGAUCUAGAGACUUGAGUUCAGCCUGGCUUGAAGAGUAAAACCCUGUCUCAGCUUCCCUCCCCUACAGUAAGAAAAAACAAAACCAAGUAACUGUGUGGUCACUGUCCCCUCCGCCCUGGGCUACCCACAAAAUAAACUUCGGGUCCUUACAGCA